UAUCUUAUUUACAUUUGAUGCCCACGAAAACUCAAAGCUCAUAUGGCAUGUACCCACUGUCACCGUCAUCGGCUACAUUCCAAGCCACUCUCCCCAAGCCCCUCCCUUCUCUCUCUCUCUCUCUCUCUCUCUCUCUCUCUGUGAUUGUCUCUUUGCAACUGAAACUGUGUGAUUUUGUCCGAUGAUAAAAAAAAAAUAUCUGCUCGUAGCGGAAGUACUUUCAUAUAAGUCCAAAACUGCUUCCUUUUCCGCGAAAGAGAGCCAACGACACACUGUCCUACGUUGUCAGAGGAAGAUGGCCAUGAAACCCAGGAGUCACUCUCACAACGGUAAUGGCUACGCCAGCGACGCCAGCGACGGGGGAAGUAGCUCGCCCAGUCCGCCUCCUUCGCCGCCCCGUCACUCCGGACUCUCCCAUUGCCGUCGCCGAGUGCGGUCCAAGGUCCAGUAUGCUCAGUCGCUGAAGGAGGGCUUCGGUGGCUCUAUUCUGUUGCGCCGGAACCUGAGGUACCUGCUGCUUCUACCGCUGCUUUACGUGCCUGGCCUGCUCAUGUGUGUGGGGUCCUUCUCGGCUCUCCUAGGACGGCCUACCCCUCCUGGCUCUGUGUAUCGUAGCCAUGAGAUGUUUAGGAGGCUCUGGCGUGACAUUGAGGCCGACAAUUCCUCCGCGAUUGAGCUGUCCUCAGUCUGGAAAUUCAAAAGGAAGCUAAAAGAGCAGAGACCUUGUCCAAAUUCGACUUCUGGACAACGUUUUGAGUCUUCUGGCCCUAGUGGUUACUUGAUUGUUGAGGCUAAUGGUGGUCUUAAUCAACAACGCUCUGCGAUCUGCAAUGCAGUGGCGGUCGCUGGACUUUUGAAUGCAAUACUAGUUAUCCCUCAAUUUGAUUUUCAUAGUGUUUGGAGGGAUCCAAGUGAGUUUGGUGACAUAUAUGAUGAAGAUCACUUCAUAGCCACACUUGAGGGAUACGUGAAAGUGGUGAAAAAGCUACCUGAUGCAUUGAUGGAAAUGCAUGAUUAUAACAUUACUAAUGUACCAACCUUCCGCAUCCAAGCUUGGGCUUCUGUCAGCUAUUACUUGGAAGAGGUUUAUCCUGUCUUGCAGAAGCAAGGGGUUAUCCGAGUGGCCCCCUUUGCAAAUAGAUUGGCAAUGAAUGUUCCACGUCAUAUUCAAUAUCUAAGAUGCCUGACUAACUAUGAAGCAUUGAAGUUCUCUUCUCCCAUUUCAAUUCUUGCAAAUAAAAUAGUGAAUAGAAUGGUUGAGAAGAGCUCAAGGACUGGUGGCAAGUAUGUUUCCGUCCACCUCCGUUUUGAGGAGGACAUGGUGGCGUUUUCAUGCUGUGUGUAUGAUGGAGGAAAGGCUGAAAAUAUUGAAAUGGAUUCAGUUCGUGAAAAAGGUUGGAGGGGGAAGUUCAAACGAAAAGACCGUAUCAUUCUGCCCGGUCUCAAUCGAAUUACUGGAAAAUGUCCACUGUCUCCCUUGGAGGUUGGGAUGAUGCUACGCGGUAUGGGUUUUUGUAAUGGCACUUCAAUUUAUCUGGCAUCGGGUAAAAUAUACCAAGCAGAAAGACAUUUAGCUCCUCUGUUAAAGAUGUUUCCCCAUCUCCACACAAAGGAGUCUCUUGUGACCCCAGAUGAGCUUGCUCCUUUCAAGGCACCACAUGAUGUACAAAGGAAUCAUCUUCCACGCAGCUGCCACUUGAGAGCAAGUAUGAAGUCUAGUCCAACAUGUGAGUAAAUCUACCACUGAUUUUGGCAUAACCCAGGUCAGUCCGGAUCUUCUAAAUACACCAUCCCAUAACACUUUAGCCACAUCACAAUGUAGAAGUAGAUGAUCCACUGAUUCUGCAGCUUUCUUGCACAUGAAGCACCACUCCAUAACAAUCAUUCCACGCUUUCUCUGAAUAUUCCCAAUUGCUGCUGUCCAUACAAAAAAAGCAACCUUUGACGGAACAGGAGACUUCCAAAUACUCUUCCAAGGAAAAGAAAUGUAAUGCUGAUUGGACAACAUUUACAAUAUGAUCUAACAGAAAACUUUUUAGAUGCUGUAUAUCUCCAGUACAUUUGAUCCCUGUCAUGUUGUCUAAUCAGUAACCUCCUCAAUUUCCCAAUCCUGGACAGGUCUGAAAAAUCUAACAUCCCAAUUCACCUCUCCAUUAGAGUAACUCAUCAACUCUGAGAUUGAGGCCCGCUGAUUAACAGCCAACCUGAAAACAGCCGGAAAAGCUCUAAACAGUGCAUUCUCACUACACCAAACAUCAAACCAGAAUCAAACUCUUGAACCAUCACCUACCACAAAUUUGAUUUGUUUCACAAAAUUAUCCCAUCAUUUUCUAAUAAAUUUCCAUAAACUCACAACAUAAGUCCCCUACUCUCCUUAGUGCACCAUGCCCCCCAAUCACUCCCAUACUCAAACAGUCACCCCCCUCCACAACGCUUCCUCUUCCCUAUGAUAUCUCCACAACCACUUCCCCAACAACGCCUUAUUCGAACUACACAAAUUACAGACCCCCAAGCCUUUAUCAGCAAUAGGACAACAAACUUUUUUCCAUCUUACCAAAGGAACCUUAUUCUCCUCUCCCAAACCAACCCACAAAAAAGCACUAUACAAAUUUUCAAUACGAUUAGCCACUCCAACUGGUAAAGGAAAUAAUGAAAGAAAGUAAGUUGGGAUAUUAGAAAGAGUACUCUAAAGGGUGAUUCUACCCCCUUUUGAUAAAUACAACCUUUUUCACGCUGCCUACCUUUUCUCAAUCUUCUCAACCACCCCCAUCCCAAAUAUACUUUGCCUUGAAUGAGGCCCCCAGCGGGAGACCCAAAUAUUUCAUGGGCAAAUAACCAACUCUACACUCCAAUAAUUCCGCCAAAUUGUUAAUAUUACGCACAUCUCCCACUGGGGCCAGCUCCAAUUUUCCCAAGUUCACCUUUAGCCUAGAUAUGGCUUGAAAACAUAACAAGACAGCCCUCAAAGCUUGAAUCUGUUCCCAAACAACACAAAAAAUAAGAGUAUCAUCAACAAAAAGCAAAUGCAGUCGAAAUACAAUGUCUGACCCAACCACACCAACUGUCACCAAAACCACAUCUUCUAAGCAUGUAGAAGAGAAAACUUACAAAGAACCCCCGGAACCCUUCCUGCAUUAGACUAUCUAAACACUCAUUCACAAUCAGCACAGAAUCAAUGAUUUGUCGGCCUCUAACAAAUGCAUUUUGAGGUUUAGAAAUAAUCUUAUCCAUCACCUUGCUCAUUCCAUUUGCCAAAACCUUUAAAAUUAUCUUAUAAAUUCUACUUACUAAACUAAUGGGAUGGAAAUCCUUCAACUCCGAAGCACCCAGUCUCUUAGGGAUUAGAGCGAUAAAUGUGGCAUUCAUCGACUUCUCAAACUUUUGAUGAUCAUAAAAUUCUUGUAGAAUCUGCAUCACCUCCUCUCGCACAAUCUCCCAACAAUCUUGAAAAAAAGCCAUAGAAAACCCAUCUGGGCCAGGAGCUUUGUCUCUUCUGAUUCCACAUA